GCAUUAUUUCGCUCUUGAUCCCUUGAUCAGAUCCCUACAACUACGUCCUGACUCGACUGGCCAAUACCAAUCAAUUCCCAGACAUCAACCAUAUCCACAUCAUCACAAUGCACCCUCCAUCACCCCAAUUACUCCGUGCUUUGCGCACAUCCAUCUGGGCCCCCAAUGUCACCAGUCGACUAUGCACAAACGUCCGCUCAGUAUCUCCCAUCUCUAGAAUCACCCCCUAUGUACAAACAUACCGCAACAACAGUAACAAUGCCCGCCCCGUACGGAUGGUUCCUCGCGCGCACACCGCGAAGCCAGCGAGCCACGAUCGGGGCCCGCAGUCAACAGAGGACACGCAAACGGACUUUGCUGCGCUGAACGUACUCGGCAACAUCCCAGCGCCUACUACCGCUAUUGAUGCUUGCCUGGACAAUGGAUUCCAUUUGGAUAAUGGCCUCAAGCUCACAAACGGCGAUGGUCUGUUGCUUGUUGGGGGCGAGGCUUUCUCAUGGAGACCGUGGACAACGGUGGAUGGUGGAAAGAAUGCUAUGGUGAACAAGAAGGGCCAGUUUGAGGUUGACGAACAAGCUUGGGGUCUUUUGGGACUCGUAUGGCCUCGUCCGGACCUCUUGAUUAUUGGGAUGGGCGCUUCUGUGUUUCCUCUUUCCCCUGAGACAAGGAGACAAAUCAAUUCCUUGGGUGUUCGGGUUGAGGUUCUGGAUACUAGGAAUGCCGCUGCGCAGUUCAAUCUGCUCGCGACUGAAAGAGGAGUGUCUGAGAUCGCGGCGGCUAUGAUUCCGAUUGGGUGGAAGGGACGGUAGAUACUCUUCUUCGGAGGGAUCUUGUACCACUGUAUAAAAUUUUGGGACUGUGUAAUAUUAUAACUAUGUCAUGUAUGGAGUACUAAUAUUCUCUACGCUCAUGAA